CUUUCCUCUUACCCUCAUCUUCCCCUCGCCCGUCCUUCUCGCUCCUACACCUUCAUUACGCUCAAGCCUAAAAAAUGGGAAAGGAGAAGACCCACGUUAACGUCGUCGUCAUCGGCCACGUCGAUUCCGGCAAGUCGACCACGACUGGGCACUUGAUCUACAAGUGCGGUGGUAUCGACAAGCGUACCAUCGAGAAGUUCGAGAAGGAAGCCGCUGAGCUCGGCAAGGGCUCCUUCAAGUAUGCUUGGGUGCUCGACAAGCUCAAGGCUGAGCGUGAGCGUGGUAUCACGAUCGAUAUCGCCCUCUGGAAGUUCGAGACGCCCAAGUUCAUGGUCACCGUCAUUGAUGCCCCUGGUCACCGUGACUUCAUCAAGAACAUGAUCACUGGUACCUCCCAGGCCGACUGCGCCGUCCUCAUCAUCGCCGCCGGUACCGGUGAGUUCGAGGCCGGUAUCUCCAAGGACGGUCAGACUCGCGAGCACGCCCUCCUUGCCUUCACGCUUGGUGUGCGGCAGCUCAUUGUUGCCAUCAACAAGAUGGACACGACCAAGUGGAGCGAGGACCGUUUCAACGAAAUCGUCAAGGAGACGUCCACCUUCAUCAAGAAGGUCGGUUACAACCCGAAGGCUGUCGCCUUCGUGCCCAUCUCCGGGUGGCACGGUGACAACAUGUUGGAGGAGUCCCCCAACAUGACCUGGUACAAGGGCUGGACCAAGGAGACGAAGGCCGGUGUUGUUAAGGGCAAGACCCUGCUUGACGCCAUCGAUGCCAUUGAGCCUCCCGUCCGUCCCUCGGAUAAGCCCCUCCGUCUUCCCCUCCAGGAUGUCUACAAAAUCGGUGGUAUCGGCACGGUGCCCGUCGGUCGUGUUGAGACUGGUGUCAUCAAGGCUGGUAUGGUGGUCACUUUCGCUCCUACAAACGUGACCACGGAAGUGAAGUCCGUCGAGAUGCACCACGAGCAGCUUGAGCAGGGUGUUCCCGGUGACAACGUUGGUUUCAACGUCAAGAACGUCUCGGUCAAGGAUAUCCGCCGUGGUAACGUCGCCUCUGACUCCAAGAACGACCCCGCCAAGGAGGCUGCGUCCUUCACCGCUCAGGUCAUCAUCCUCAACCACCCCGGUCAGAUUGGUGCUGGGUACGCGCCUGUACUCGACUGCCACACCGCGCACAUUGCUUGCAAGUUCGCCGAGCUCAUCGAGAAGAUUGACCGUCGAACGGGUAAGUCGCUCGAAGCGGCUCCCAAGUUCGUCAAGUCUGGCGAUGCCUGCAUUGCCAAGCUCGUGCCAAGCAAGCCCAUGUGUGUGGAGUCUUACAACGAGUACCCACCUCUUGGUCGUUUCGCCGUGCGCGACAUGAGACAGACAGUCGCUGUCGGUAUCAUCAAGUCCGUUGACAAGACUGACAAGUCGGGUGGCAAGGUGACGAAGUCUGCGGAGAAGGCGGGCAAGAAGAAGUAAACUGUAUAGACUACUCUCUCUUUCUUUCGGUUUAUUUCUCUUCUCUUUCCCUCAUCUCGCAUGGUGCUCCGAUCCUCUACUGUGUUACCAGCAAUUGUUGUAUUCACGUUGACGAAAACACCGACGGGGACGCUCCCGUCGAAUGUGCAGUAAUGUGCAAGGUUGUCGCGAAUGAAGUGGCAUCGUCUGUAUCGCUAGCAUCUCAAAUCUCCCUAGCAUGCCGUUUGAGAGUCAUAGCUAAAACCCGGUGCAGUACGUAUCGUUAGCGUUAGACCGAAAUAUGUCGCUGCAGUGUGCGAUAUCAAAUUUGAUGUAUCCUG